AUGAAAAAAAAUGUUUCUGAUAUUUGUCAAACACCUGUUUGUCUUGAUGCUGCUUCAAGACUAUCACAUGACAUGGAUCCAAGUGUUAAUCCUUGUGAUGAUUUUUAUGAAUUUACCUGUGGAGGAUUUUUAAAUUCCACUGAUCUAAAAAUUGACUCACAACGAAUUGAUAAAUUUACUGAACUAAAAAGUAAAUUUCUUAAAACAAUUACAACAAUACUAGAAGAAGAUAAUUCAAUAAAUAAGAACAAUAAAUAUUUAAAACUUGUCAAAACUUUAUACAAAACAUGUAAUAAUAAAAAAGAUAGUAUAUGGGAUUUUUUGGGAUCAAUUGAUAAUUGGCCAGUGUUAGGAUCCCAAUGGAAUGAAAGUGAAUUUGAUUUCGACAAAUUAAUAUUAAAAAUUGGUAACACAACACAAUGGAAUAAUUAUUUUUUUGAAUUUUCAUCUGUUGGUGAUGGUUAUCCAAUUGUUGUUGAUCCAUAUCCAUCUGAUUUGAGUUGGGAGGAUUUUGGAGGAUCUCAUCAAGCCAGCACCAAAAUAAAUGAAUACUACAACAACAUAAUUAAAAAAGUACAAUUAAUUGGUGUACCUGCAUAUAAUCCCAACUAUACAGAUGAUUUUAAAAAAAUUUUUGAUAUAGAAAUUGAACUAGGACGUGUAAGACUUUCAGAAGAACAAAAAUUACAUUCAACUUUUGAUACAAUUGAAAUGACACUCAAUGAAUUAACAAGUGAUUUUUCUUUUUUUAAUUGGCAACAAUAUAUUAAUUAUCUUCGUGGUUAUCCAGUUGAUUUAUCAACAAUUAUUGUCAUUCUGAUUUCAUAUAUGAUGUUGCAAGAUGAUUUUUUCGACUCUGAAAAACCAAACUUCAUGAAUUAUGGAGCACUGGGUUCUAUGAUAGGCCACGAGAUAACACAUGGUUUUGAUUUUAAUGGAAUGAAUUUUGAUGGAGAAGGUCAUUGGAGCAACUCACAGUGGACAGAAUUAUCAAAAAAUAAUUUUUAUAACAAGUCCAAGUGUAUCAUUGAACAAUAUAAUAACUUUGCUGUUCCAGAAGUUGGAUUAAAUGUAAAUGGAGGUAUUAGUCAAGAUGAAAAUAUUGCAGAUAAUGGUGGAAUAAAAGCUGCUUAUCGAGCUUAUAAAAAAUUAUUAAAUAGUGAUAAAAAAUUACCUGGUUUGGAGUUUAGUCCACAGCAAUUAUUCUGGAUUAAUUAUGCAAAUGUAUUUUGUGAAAAAAAUUCAAAUGAAUAUUUAAGGAAUUAUCUAGAUGGUGUACAUCCACCUUCUAAGUUUAGAAUUAUUGGUACGUUAUCUAAUAGUCCAGAAUUUGCAAAAGAUUUUAAUUGUCCAUCUGGAUCCAAUAUGAAUCCAAUAAAAAAAUGUUUCAUCUGGUAA